CGACCAAUACCAACCAUCAAGAUUCCUUUCUUUUCUCGUCUCUGUCCCGCUGUGUGUGUGUGUGUGUGUGUGUGAGAGCCCACGACGAGGAGCAGACUAGAAGAGUUUUUACUCCCACCAAAAAAAACCUCAACCUCAUGGAGGUGGAACACCCCUCCCACCCUCAAACCUUCCCCGGGGCCUCCCCGCCCCCCUCCUGCUGAGGGGAUGUCGCUCCACUGGCAGCGGUGGGACUGGAGAGGCUGGAGUCUAUAGAGGCGAGGCGAGGGCACAGCGUAUGAAGAAGCCCUGUGGACAAGAGGGGCGGCGUGAAGAGCACUGCUCCCUGCUCAGUGUGCAUGCCAGCGUAUGAAUAAGCAGAGCUGGUGAGAGGCAGCAGUCCACAGGGAGCAGCGGAUCCAAUUUGACAUUUACCUGCAAGCUGGAAGGAGACGCACCGACUCUCUCAGAUCCCAGAUCCACAAAGAGUCAGUCCUACAAGCAGGCGCAGACAUGCUGGAGCAGGUCUUGUCGUUCAGCCGCUCCCUGGUGCGCAGGAAGGUGGUCGACAUGAGCCUGGAGGACUCCAAGCUGUGCCGCUGCCUGGGGACCGCCGACCUCAUCGCCCUGGGGGUCGGCAGCACUCUGGGCGCCGGCGUCUACAUCCUGGCCGGCGAGGUGGCCAAGGGAGACUCGGGCCCCAGCAUCGUCAUCUCCUUCCUGAUCGCUGCGCUGGCCUCCGUCAUGGCCGGCCUGUGCUACGCCGAGUUCGGCGCCCGCGUCCCCAAAACCGGCUCCGCCUACCUUUACAGCUACGUGACCGUGGGAGAGAUCUGGGCCUUCAUCACCGGUUGGAACCUCAUUCUCUCCUACGUGAUAGGCACCUCGUCGGUCGCCAGGGCUUGGAGUGGCACAUUUGAUGACAUGAUAGGAGGGCACAUCGAGAUGUUCUGUAAGACCUACUUCAGCAUGAACUCUCCCGGCCUGGCUCAGUACCCGGACUUCUUUGCCGUGUGCCUGAUACUGCUGCUUUCUGGACUCCUGUCGUUCGGCGUGAAGGAGUCGGCCUGGGUCAAUAAAGUCUUCACUUCGAUCAACGUGCUCGUGCUCUUGUUUGUCAUCAUCUCCGGUUUCGUCAAAGGAGACACGCGCAACUGGAAGAUAUCUGAAGAAUCCCUGAUAAACGUCACCAUCGCUGCACGGAACUUGUCGGUGUCGGCCAACGUGACUAGCGACUACGGAGUCGGAGGAUUCAUGCCCUUCGGCUUCAGCGGCACCUUGGCCGGAGCCGCCACUUGCUUCUACGCUUUUGUUGGCUUCGACUGCAUCGCCACAACAGGCGAGGAGGUGAGGAACCCCCAGAGGGCCAUUCCCAUCGGCAUCGUGGUGUCACUGACCGUGUGUUUCCUGGCGUACUUCGGCGUGUCCGCCGCGCUCACGCUGAUGAUGCCCUACUACCUGCUGGACGAGAAGAGCCCCCUGCCCAUGGCCUUUGAAUACGUGGGCUGGAGCCCGGCCAAAUACGUGGUCGCCGCGGGGUCACUGUGUGCCCUCUCCACCAGUCUGCUGGGCUCCAUUUUCCCCAUGCCUCGUGUAAUCUAUGCUAUGGCGCAGGAUGGGGUGCUUUUCAAAGUCUUAGCCCGAAUCAAUCCAAAGACGAAGACCCCACUUAUUGCCACUAUGACCUCCGGUGUAGUCGCAGCCAUCAUGGCUUUCCUGUUUGACCUCAAAGCGCUGGUUGAAAUGAUGUCCAUCGGGACCCUGCUGGCCUACUCGCUGGUCGCCGCCUGUGUGCUGAUUCUCAGGUACCAGCCGGAUGGAUCCAUGGAGCGGCGGGCUGGCCCCGGUGAGAGGGACUACCUGUCCUCCGAGGGGGCGGAGUCUGACCUGACGGAGUCCGAGUCCCACCUCAACAUGCUGAGCGGCGGCAGCUCCACCCUGCAGGCCGCCAUGCACCCUCCCGCCUCGCCCUCCGAGGAUUCCUCCAGCGUGGUCAACAUGACCAUCUGUGUGCUCGUGCUGGUAGUGUGCGUGGUCAGCUACCUCACGACGUACCACAUCGACUCCAUCGUGGACAUGGAGGUGUGGAUCCUGGCGUUCCUGACCGUGUGCCUCCUCAUCUUCAGCGGCUGCGUCUUCAUGGUCUGCCGGCAGCCUCAGACCACCAAGAAGGUCUCCUUCAUGGUUCCCCUUCUGCCUUUUCUGCCCAUUCUGAGCAUAUUCGUCAAUAUUUACCUCAUGGUUCAGCUGAGUGGAGACACCUGGAUACGGUUCUCUGUGUGGAUGGCCGUGGGUUUCCUGAUUUACUUCGGCUACGGCAUUUGGCACAGCGAGGAGCGCCAGCACAAACUCCGCGACCCGGUCAAGUGCAGCGGUGGCGCGCGGGAACACGGCAAGACCGGCAGGGAGAAGCCGGCCGGCGCGGGUGCGGCGGGAAAAGACCAAGAGGAUCGACCAAUCUGCCUGGAAAAGACCAGCCGGUGUUAAAAAAAAAAAAAAAGGAAAACGGACUAUCGAAAGCGAUCAGAUGCAUGAAAGCACACAGCAGCUCUGCCUUGAUGCACCUGUUCACACGGGCGGCGCCAGAACUCUGGACCGGCGGCCACGCGGCGUGGGCAGCCGCUCCAUCACUGCGACGCACUCGCAUCCCAUAGGUCACGUUGCGCUUUACAGGCAGCAGGGAGACUUUAAAAAAAAGGACAGGUAACACACUGGAGGGCGAUGUUCAUUUAAUUAACACUGAAGCGGUCAGCAACGCCUUCCUCUCUCAUUAGUGACGUUUCCUUUUUCUGGUAUUCUUUACACUUUAAGCAGGUUUGUACAAGUGUGUUUUUAUUUAUUUUAUUUUAUGUAAUGUCUUGGGAAAUCGGUGCUUUCCAUUGUAUUCCUCUCAAAGUAUUAUUCGUUUUGGAUACACCAAUUAUGUACUACUAUUAAAAGUCAUGUUAGCUUGUGGGAGAAGCACUCAUUGUUCUUUCUUUAGGUUAGGUGCUGUCAUAAAGCUGAAAUAUGUCAUUUUCAGACCAAAUCUUCCAUAAGUCAAAUAGAUGUGCAGGUGCUUAGCACUCAACUAAAGAAAGUCCACUGAGUGCUGGUGGGGAAUGUCUUCUGUAGGUGGUAAACAGAUCACAGCAAUCUGUAGCUGUAGUUAUUGAUCUCUGAACUGUUACAAUCUGAAUAUGAAUAUCCUUAUUUGAUGCGGAGCUCUGCUCAAGAAGUAUUUUUAGUGGUAAUGUCUAUAUAUGACAUGCUGUAUUUUUUUUUAGGUUACAGACCUUCUUGAAAUGGUUCUCUGAACCAGAGAUCAUGAAGGACAACAAUUCAUUACAAGUCUUACUGCAUAUAUAUAUAUUAUAUAUUUAUAUAUAAUAUAUAUGUGUCACCCUCAAUGAUGUGCCUAGACAUACAUACAUAUCCUUUGUACAUGUUUAUUGUCCUGUGGUGGGCGUCUUACUUUAACAACUGGAGUCGGUGUUGCUUCAUAACCGGUUUCAAAUACCGCUUUCAUUCUUUCCUCUGGGCUUUCAGGGGGAUCCCGGUCAGGCUCAGUGAGCUCUCGUUAACAGUAUCGACACGUUGGGAUGUUGGUGAUCAGGGUGAUUUAAUAAGCGGGGCUGGACAGUAACAGUUGACCUUUUUGAGAAACUGCCAACCGAUUCUUGGCCUCAGUGGCCACUUUUUUUUCACAAGGUAAAAAUAUAGGGGACAGCAAACAGCAAAGAUAAGCAUGUUUGAUAUUGGUUGCAUGGGCUGCAUGUGUCAAGGCGUUGGGGCGUUUACUCGCGUGCACACAGGCAUUCAGACACGACGUGGAAGCAACUGACAGACAAGAGUUUCAUGUGAACCUGAAGGAAAAACAAACAAAAAAAGAAGCUUGUGGAGUCUUUCGAGCUGGAAGGAAAAUGGUGCCGCAGAGCUUUUGAUCGGUUUCUGUAAUAAAGCUUUUACUCUUAUGUCACAUUUUCAUUAUUAAGCUGGUGUAUAAUUGCGUAUUAUUUUGAUAUGAGUGUUGAGCCCUGAUGUGCAGUGAUUUAAAUGAACUUGGAACAAAUUCAGAAGCUGGAGUUUGGAGGCAUUCUGCAUGAGCAGUGUGGAGUCAAUGAGGUUACAGGGUAGACGACGCAACCACAGUCAUGAUACAGUUUCACUUGUUUCCAACUCCACAAGUACAAUAAAUGUAUUUUCCAGUGUUUAAGACAA